UCACGAAAAAUGAAGUUAACAGCGUAUUAUCUGCAUCACGCAGAGUGCGAUGAAAUCUUAUUCAUAAACACGCUGUUUUACUUGCUGCUCAAUCUGAUCGUCAUGUUGAAAUACACCGUUUUCUUGUAUCAUUCGAACGACUUGAAGACCCUCGUAGAGAUGCUUUGGGAUAGCUGGCGAUCUCUAAGCAACGAGGACGAGCAACAGAUUAUCCUGAAAUACGCGGAGAAAGGGAAAUUCCAGUACACAGUUAUCACACUUUCCAUUUGUAUUCUACUGUUUACGCUCGGAUACAUAGAGAUCACAGAAUCGCAGAAUAUGGAUAUUUGCGAGUCAUCGAUGAACUUCUACCUAACCAUAAUCUAUGUCACCGUCGACAAACGAUACAUUCGUCUCUUGUUGCUGCAGGCGUUGUGUGUGCUUGUUGGUGGAGCAUCGAUUAUUUCAGUAACCGAAACAACAAUAACCAUGAUUACUUACUACAUAACCGGAUUGUUUAAAGUGAUUCAAUAUCGCAUGAGAAACGUGUUUAACGAAGGAGUAAAGACGAGGACCGACGAAACAGCUCGUGAAAGAUUGAUCGAUGUUGCGAAAAUGCACAUGCGAACGAUCCAAUACAAUACCGAAUGGUACAAUGCUCCAGUGUCAACGCAGAAGAUGUUGUUGUUCGUCGCACAACACUGUAUAAAUACUUACACUUUCAACAUCGGAGGGCUCUUCGUACCGAGUUACGAAGGCUUUUCUUCGGUGAUCAAACAAUCAUUCUCCUAUUUUAUGGUUAUUCGUUCCACGCAAAUGUAGCUUGUAAGAAACUAUGUACGAACACAGGAAGAUGUAGUACAUUGUGUAUUUGUACAAGUCACGUGUUAAUCCUCAGUACAUGGAUUGGAUCUACGAGACACAAUGAGCAUAUUUGGCUGUCCACGCGUCAAUUGUU